AUGCAAGUAUCCUGGAGCGAAGCAGAGCGCACCCGCAUCAAAGCUGACAUCGAGCGCGCCGUCGCCAACCCCGCCGUCGCCCUCCCCGGCACCGACCCACUCUACAUCGCGCGCCUCCUCCGCGACUGCAGCCACAUGCUCACGCGAACCGACGACAUCGCCAGCCAACUCCACGACACCUCUCGCGCUCACGGACUACGCUCCACCGUUACCUACCGCCCCCCGAAGCUCGUCCCCAUCGAGCAGAACGGCACCAUCAUCCAAAAUCUGGCCUACAUCCGCACCUGCAUGGGCGUCAUCUUCGCGCGCGACUUGCACAAGCUUUCCAAUCUCCGGGUGGUGUUGGUGGAGCUAGAGGUUAUCAUACCCGCGCUGAGGGGCAUCUAUCAGCAGUGGGCGCAGGUGCUGCGCGCGCAUGAGGAUCGCAUUCAGGGGAUUAUGACGAUUUUGCCGAGCGAGUGA